AUGCCUCCCAAGGCUGUGAAGCCCCAGGGUAGACCUCGCAAGUGCCCAAAGGUGGAUCCUGCCCCAUCUGAGGACUCACAGAAGCCAUGUGAAGAGAUCCCAGCAAGGAAUCCUGAUACCAGUGCUGAGGAAGGUCCGUCAGAAACACAAGAACCCAUGCCAGGACCCAGUGAGACUCUUCAGGAGACUGAACUGAGUAUCAAUGCUACUGUCAAGAACUUCGAGCGGAAAAUUGACCAGUUCGUAAGACUUAGCGUCGAGGAAAGACAGAAGUUCUAUCAAGAAUAUUCUCGGGAGUUUUUGAGCUUGAUUGUGAUGUGGAAUAUGGAUGCUGAGGAAGUGAAGAACCACAGAGAAAAACUGGCUAGCUUACUUGAGGAGCGACAAAACCUUUUUCAACAAUUUCAAGUUGCUCAGACUCAGAAAAUGGAAGAAUUUAAGGAGUUAUACAAGCAAUACUUAAAGAGUCUUGAUGAUAUCGAGAAUUGUCAUAGAAAUGUUGUUGCUGAUGAAAUAAAAAAACAAAUGGAGAUACUGGACGAGACAGUUGUGCAAGAAAAUCAGGAGGAGACUGCUGUUUGA